AUGGCCCAACGCAUCCGCGGCAACGAUUCCGUCGUCGUCUUCCAGGUCAUCGGUUUGGCAAACUACGGCGUCAAGUGCUCCAUCGAGAUCGCGAGCGCCGCCCAAGACCUCCGCAGCUUCAUGUGCUACGAGACGCUGUGGAUGGACCCGAAAGGCAUCGAGACGUGGAUGGGCUUGGUCAAGGCCAUAAUGACCCAGCCAGGUUGCGCAGAGCUGCAUUGCGCGCUCGGCUUGGUCAGGGACAAGAUACUGAAGGGCGAAAGAAAGCUCCCCGCGCGCAGGGAGGAGGAAGAAGAGGACGCAAUACGCGGAAUCAGCGCGGCCAAGAUCGACGGCCCGGCGAUGAUGGCAUUGCACGAGGUCGACGCGCUGUGCUCACAACUCGGCAUCGUCAGGAUGGGCCAUCGCAAGCGGCUCGCCAUCGCCAUCAGCCACCUCGACGGCGACAACCUCAAGCGCGGGCACACGCGAGUUCCGCGCAUGUGGUUGCGCGUUCUGCGCGUGCUCGAGAACAUGCCGCCGCGUACGGGGGUGGUCAUCGAGGUGCCCGACCGGUGUUGCGGGGUGUGUGGCGUGAGCAUGCCGCCCGGCGUCGUCGACAAGACCGACCCGGCACUAAGUUUCGGCUUGUGCCUUGUGACGGGUGCCAACGCCGGAAUCGGCUACCACACGGCUCUCCGCCUUGCUGCCCUCGGCGCCCACGUAAUCUGCGGCUGCCGUUCGAAGGCGCGAGGCGAGGAAGCGGUGGCUCGCAUCAAGCAGGAGUCGGGCAGCGACCGAGUCGAACUGGGCCUGAUGGACCUCUCGAGCCUCGAGUCCGUCCGAGCCUUCGCCGAGGGCUACGUACGCUCCGGUCGUCCCCUUCAUGUGCUCAUCCUCAACGCCGGCGUCAUGCCCAUGCUCCCGCAGGCCCGCACCACCACCCCCGAUGGCUUCGAACUCUGCUUUGGUACCAACUACGUGGGCCACGUGGUGCUCACCCUGCUACUCUUGCCGGCGUUGAAGCGCGAGACGCCCUCCCGGGUGAUCGCAGUGUCGUCCAUCACGCACACGCUGGGCCAGAUGUUCAUGGACGACCUGAACUUGGAGGGCAAGUACACUCAUGACCGGGCCUACACGCAGUCCAAGUUUGCGAUCGUGCUCUUCGCCAACGAGUUCACGCGCCGCUACGGCCACUUGGGCGUCUACGCCAACUCGGUGUGCCCUGGAAUCGUGGCAUCCGACAUCCUCAAGGAUAAGCCCUGGUGGCUGCGCAUCCCCGGCAAGGCCGUCAUGCGUGCCAUCGGCAAGAGCCCGUCGCAAGGGGCGGACACGAGCGUGUUUGUGGCCACCUCGCCCGACCUGGAAAAGAAAGGUGGAUUGUUCUUCGAGCACGGCAAGCUAUCCGAGGCCCAUCCGUCCACUGACAACGAAGAGCUCGCGAAGGACCUAUGGGAGGAGACCCUGCGGCUGCUUUCCGAGCGAAAGUUUCAGAUGAGCGAAGCAAGGCGCGACGCUGCAGUUGUCACCCAACGCAAGCCUGUCGGUCACGUCCGAGCGCCCAGACCGUCCAGGCAUUGGAUCGUCUACUACAUGCGGAUUUACGGCUCCGUGUACGUGAUUGUGGCGGUGGCUGUGCUGCUUGCUGUCUUGCUUGGCAUUCUUGUAAGAGGGCGGUAUGAAUAA